CGCGGCGGCCUCUCCGCCGGCAUGGCCCGGAACACGCUCUCCUCGCGCUUCCGCCGCCUGGACAUCGACGAGUACGACGAGAACAAGUUCGUGGAGGAGCCGGACGAGGCGGCGGCGGCGGCCGAGCCGGACCCGGUCCCCGAGGUGGAGGCGCUGCUGAGGCAAGGUGAUAUGCUCCAAGCUUUCCACACAGCCUUAAGGAAUUCUCCCUUGAACACGAAGAACCAAGCAAUAAAGGAACGGGCCCAGGGAGUGGUGCUUAAGGUCCUGACAUCCUUUAAAAGCAGUGAGAUAGAACAGGCAGUAAACUCGUUAGACAGAAAUGGUAUUGACUUGUUAAUGAAGUACGUUUAUAAAGGAUUUGAAAAGCCAACAGAAAAUAGCAGUGCAAUAUUACUUCAAUGGCAUGAAAAGGCACUAGCAGUAGGUGGACUAGGUUCCAUAGUAAGAGUUCUUACAGCAAGAAAGACUGUUUAAAAGACUUACCUUGAACCAAGAUGAACAGUUUUGGACUCAGAAGAAAGAAUUAGCUGAAGUGAUACUGGUCCAUCUUUCUAGACAUUGCAAUCUACUGAAACUUUGGAAACCUCUGGAAUGCUUCUAAUUUUAAAGGUUGGGGGAAAGAGUAAAUAUUACUGUGUUUUCUGACUAUCAAAUAUAGGAGCUGAGACAUUCUGAUCCCUUGUUUAAAGGUAAAGCAGAAGGCAGAAAUUCUGCUCUCAUUACUGUAAGGGGAGAGGUAAUUAAAUCCUGUGUGUAUUGCUUAUUUAAAAGAAGAGGUGCUGUGGCUUCAGUAGACACAAUUGACUGGUUUCUGGGUGGGGGGGAAAUGUUUAUUUGAAAGGGGACUUUGUACAUACAAUCACAGGACUAGCUGGACUACUGGUUUGGUUUCAUUGUAAAGUGCCUGCUGCAUCAAUAAAGCUCUUGGAUUGUAAGAGUCAAAUAACUUAAUUUUACAAUUUAGAUUAAUUUGCCUUUG